CUCCUGGCAGCAUGGUCGCUCUGUUGGAAGGUCACAGCGGAGAAGAAACUGCAGUACGUAACCGUGUUGUUUCGACAUGGUGACAGAUCACCAGUAAAAGCCUAUCCCACUGACCCACACCAAGAGAGUGCCUGGCCUCAAGGCUUCGGGCAACUAUCGCAGGAGGGUAUGCGACAACAUUUGGAGCUUGGCCAGUUUCUGCGGAAGCGUUAUGAUGGCUUUCUUAAUGAAAGCUAUGUCCGACAUGAGAUAUCAGUUCGCAGCACGGACUACGACCGCACUCUGAUGAGCGCCGAGGCCAACCUUGCAGGUCUUUACCCCCCCAAUGGUGAGCAGGUCUUCUCACCAAACAUAAAGUGGCAGCCCAUCCCUGUGCACACAGUUCCACAAAGUGAAGAGAGGCUGCUGUCCUUUCCUCGGAGAGAUUGCCCUCGCUAUGAAGUGCUUAUGAAUGAGACUGAACAAACAGAAGAAUUCCUUAACAUCACAGCUGAUAACCAGGACAUUAUUGAGCUGGUGAGAAAUAAAACUGGACUGAAAACGACGACUGUGGAUUCAGUUUGGAGUGUGUACGACACACUCUUCUGUGAGUCACGUCAUAACAAGUCAGCUCCUGAUUGGGUAACCCCUACUGUCUGGGCAAAGCUGCACUUGCUGAAAGAUUUUGGAUUUAGGGUUUUAUUUGGGGUCUACAAACAGCACGAGAAGAGUCGACUGCAGGGAGGGAUCUUACUGGGUGAAAUAGUGAAGAAUAUUACUCAAGUGGCAGGAUCCAAGGAAAAGCAACAUCUGAAAAUGAUGAUGCUCUCUGCGCACGACACCACUGUAGCAGCCCUACAGGUCAGCUUGAAUGUCUUCAAUGGCAAACAACCACCGUAUGCCUCCUGUCACAUGAUUGAGGUGUAUUCGGAUGAAAACGGGUCUCUGUCAGUGUCCAUGUUUUACCGGAAUGACACUUCGGUUGAGCCUUAUUCCCUUCAGUUGCCAGGCUGCUCUCUCGACUGCCCCCUAAAGGAGUUUGUGAAAAUUACAAAGCUUUCUAUUUCUGAGGACAGAGACAAGGAGUGUCAGUUGCCUUCGAUUGAGAGUAAUAAAGAGGUGAUCAUCACUCUGGCAGUGGCGGGCUGCCUGUUGCUGGUCCUCAUAGUUAUCCUCUUUGUGUCCAUUGUUCGCCACAAGGAGCCACUGAGCAGCCGCGGAUAUCGGCAGAUCAUCAACCAAGGGAUGCCAGAGGAAUCCUGA